AUGGCCUCCUCCACUUCCAACAGCAUCGUUGCAGCGGCGUCGGCGUUGAAUCACAACUCGUGGCGACCCGUUGACGCCGCCGUUGACCAGCGCGCUGUUGACUGGGCGGGCUGCGACGUGCCUGCGUUGUCGCACCUGCUGCUGCUGGAGCAAAUGCGGCAGACGCGGCAGAUGGAACAGGCAGAGCAGCUAAGGAAGGCCGCGGCCGACGCCGCAAGACUCGGCGAAGCAACAGGCGGCAGCAGUGAGCACGCGGAUUACAGCGGCGGCGGUGUGGGGGGUAGCGCCGGCGGCGGGAGUAACGCGGAGCGCACGUGGGAGAUGAGCGGGAGCGGGAGCGGGGCGGGUGCUUCGGCGGACGCGGCUCUGCUUUCGCAGCUCCGUAGCGCGCACGACUCGCUCCCUCGCCCCUCAUUCCAAUCGCCCACCGCACCGCAUGACAGGACCGCUGCGUCUGGCGACGACGCAUGUUGGGAAGCGUCGGAGACUCCGGGUCGCGGGUUUAGGGAGCCUCGAAGGCUGCGUGCACCAGGCGGCGGGAGUUGCGGGCUGCAGUUGGCGGUCGCGGAGCAGCUGGACCAGCUGCAGCGCGAGGAGCGCCUCGAUGAGUGCGAACGGCGCGACGCGCGAGAUUGCGAUCUGGGGACGCGGGGCGGUGCGACGGGAGAGCAGCGGGAAACCGGGCGAUACGAUCAGUUUGAGAGGGCGGCCGGAACGGACGACACGUGUCCUCCACACGCGAGGCCGUCGCCGCUGUUAUCGCUCGCACCCGACUUCCGCGAAUUCCGCGCAGGUGGAAGGGGAGGUGGGGUCGACGAUCGCAGUGCGGGCGCCCCUGCGGCCGACCAUGGUCGCAGGGAGGAGGGAGCGAGUGAUCUGUCCGAUCGUGACAGUAACAGAAGUGCGUAUCGCAUCGACGGCUCUUUGUUUGGGAAAUAUACUCAGGCGCCCAUAGCGUCGCAGCAUCUCGUGGAUGGUAUCGGGAUAAGCAAUAGCGGGGAUGCGAGCGGGAGCAGGGGGGAGCAGAAUGUGUGGAGUCCGAGCAUCAGUAGAAGCCGCAGCGGGAAUGAGCGCGGGUUCGGAGGCAAGGGGGGGAUGAGCAUGAGCGGCGGGACCAUGGCGCCUCCCCCUCGCCCUGCGUCUGCCGCCAUUGGUAAUCCCAAUGCCACCGCUGCCGCCGCAGCCCCUGGGGGAGCCGCGGGCAUUGGUGGUGCUGCUCUGGGCAGCGAUGACGUGGCUCACGCAGGCGACAGCACGCACCGGGAUCCGCUGGGGACCGCAGCCGCUGGGCAGGCGCCACGUGGCAGCAGAUCGAAGAGCGUUGGUCAGAUGCAGGCGACUCGGAUUCUGCAGGCGCUGGAGCACGGCGCGCGGGAGAGAGUGAAGCGGCGGCGCACGCAGCAGAAACACCUGGAGCACUUGCAGGUGCAGCAGCAGCAAGAGGAAGGGCAAGGGCAAGAGCAGCAGCAGGGUGGUCUUCAUGGUUUUGCACUACUGACCUCGCCCCUCUCCGUCUCCUCCACUCCCCCUCUUGCACCCACUGCUGCCCCGUUACACACCACCGCGCACGCAGCACCUCAUGCAGCGCAAAUACCCCUGGUUCCUAUUGGAUGGGGUCACGCCCCCCCUGCACCUGUGGCGGAGGCGUGGGGAGGCGCGCAAGGUCGCAGCGAGGGCGAGGCGGAGAGGCGGCGGCGGGAGCAGGAGCGGGUGGCGUUUGAUUGGAGCGAGAAGGGUCCGCGGAGCCACAGCGAGGCGGAGAAGCGGAGGCGCGAGCGCAUCAACCAGCAGCUGGGCGUGCUGCGCGCGCUGCUGCCAGGCGCGAGCAUGGGGAAGGCGGACAAGGCGAGCGUGCUGGCGGAAGCAGUGGCGCAGCUGCGGGCGCUGAGGGCAGGCUUGGGGGAAAGUUGUGGGGAGGGGGGAGAGGGGGAGGAUGAGCGGGAGAAAGGGCAGCAGGGCUCGGGGAAGCAGGAGGGAGCAGAAGAGGAGGCAGGGGAGGGGCAGAGAGCAGAGGUAGUGGGAGAGGAGGGAGCAGAGAGAGCAGAACGAGCAGCAGGAGCAGCAGCAGGGUUUGUUGCUUCCAGCCUGCUGGCAUGUGGCAAGGUUCCUGAAGCCACUCCGAGGGAGGACGAUGCAGUGGAGGUAGAUCUGGUGUGGGCGCAUGUGGAGGAGGGGGAGAGGGGGGAUGAGGUGGGAGAGGAGGUGAGGGAGGAUACGGAGGAGCAGGGCGAGGUGGACCGGAAGGGAGGAGAGGGGCUGGCGGGGCGCAAGAGGAGGCGAGGGAGUGAGGGGGAGAGGGCGGUGUGUGUGUGCAUUUGGAGCGAGGACGGGGAUGGUCUGCUGCCUGCCAUCCAGACGGCCCUCAAGCCCUUCCCUCUGCGCCUCGCCAGCCUCGAGUCUGCCUCCUGUGGUUCGCGUGUCGCUCACGUGCUGCUUCUGCACGCCAGCCCUGCUCCGGCUGCUGCUACCGCUGACACCGGCCCUGCUGCAUCCCUUGCAUCCGCUCCUGUUGCUCCUGAUUUCGAGCCUGGAUUGGCUGCUCGCCCUCCUGGUGCUGCUCCUGCUGCUGCAAUUGGUGCUCCAAUUGGUGCUCCUGGCUCAUCAGCAGCUGCAGCGACUGAACAGGAGCAGCAGCAAGAGGGAGUGCACAAGUGUGGGGAGGAUGUUUCAUGGACAAGAGCUGCGAGUGGGGAAGGUGGGGUAGCUCAGUACGUGCGUGAGGUGCGGGCAGCUGUGGUGGAUGUGAUGGCACGGUGGAGGCGAGGGGAAAUGGUCCGUGGCGGUGUGCGAGGAGGAAGUGAAGGUUACCGUUUGGGCUUUCAAGAAAAAUAA